AUGGCUCACCGCAUCGUCACUCAAGUCAUCGUCACCGGAGCUCGGGUCUUCGGCCGCGCCUUCACUGAGGCUUACAAGCAAGCCCAGGCCGGAAAGGUCGCAGCUAAGAGCGGCGUCUCUAUUGCAUCCGGCGGUAUCUCCCUCGAUGAGGCCUGCAAGAUCCUCAACGUUAAGCCUCCUGCCGGAGGCGAAACCAACCUCGAACAUGUUAUGGACCGCUUCAAGAAGCUUUUCGAUCUGAACGAUCCCCAAAAGGGUGGCAGCUUCUACUUGCAGAGCAAAAUCCUGCGGGCGCGUGAGCGGAUAGAAAUGGAGGUCCGUCAGGCAGAGCGCAAGGCCGCGCAGGACAAGGAACUGUCGGAAGGCUGGAACCCCAAGGUCUACAAGGACCGGUGA